AUGGAGGAGCCCCGGUGGAAGAAAAUUAAGCUCUCCCUCGAGCGUCCUUACAAAGACGAUGAUGGCGAGCCUAUCCCCGUCCUGCUCGACAUCACCCCAGACGGGAAACACGUCUAUGAACCGAAGGAAGAUUCGACCGCAAAGGUCGGAGAGAAUUUGCGCAAGAUUUUUUUGGAACGCGGGCUUGACUUCUUCGACAAAAAGCCACAGGACCGUGAAAAGAUUCAGUCUGACCACAAUGCUGAGCCUGAGCAGGAGGGUGAGCAGGAGGACAAGCAUGGCCUUCAACAUCCUAUGACUCCGGAGGAGCUGUUCAAGAUGAGAAUGGAAGUGAUGCCCCAAUUACACAUUGCUCUCGGGGAGAUGUCUCAAGCACGGGAUUUACUGUCGCUACUGCUGGCCUCCACUAUGCCACUGCAGACCACAUCACAACCGCAGCUGCAGACGCCGCCAUCCUCACAAUUGCCACCCUCAGCUUUGACCGCUACUGUUGUGACUAAGCCCCCAUCGAUUCUCUCCGUUCAAGCUUUUAAUUCACAGCUCGUCGGCGGCGGAAAGGACAGGUCCCUGAGAAGGGCGGCCGACUUGUUCAAAUCCGCCGCUGAGAAUAUGGAAUCUGGCCGAAUGCGAAGUGACAGGUAUUGGGUGGACGCUCUCAAGAUUAGAAGAGGAAAUUGGGGUCUGAUACCUGCUCCACUUCCUCUCGGCUCCGCAACCGGGCAGGGUGCAGACAAGACAUCGAAGGACUUCCUCGUGUCGUUCGGCUUAGAAGAAUCGCCCUCCAUUUUGCGCCGAAGAGCCAUAGGACGAAUUCCUACCCUGGAUUCCGACCAGACCGAGCUCGAAUUUCCCCUACGUCAAUACACGCGCUUGCAGGUCGCCAUCUCCGCCGUAGACGCGGACGGCUUUCGACGCAUGGCUCACAACACCGUGCCGCAAUUUGACGAGUCCACGCUUGAGGGUUCACUGCGAGCUGCGCAAGCAGAAAUUGUCGAGCAGGAGAUUUUCUCGGUACUAAUCAGGGAGGCUAGCAGCUUGCAAACAGCCUCAGCACAGGUAUCCGAGCGGCUGAUUGUGAUCGAAGCCGCCCAAGGGAUAGAACUACGGUUUGAAUUGGUUGAUGACCACCAAGCGCAAAAAGGCAGCAGCAGCAGCAGCGAGUCGGCAAAAUGCGAUCUAAUUUACGCAUCCCUUCACGUUCUUCUGCUUCGUGCGCAUGCUGUGCUCAAAGCCGAACGCUUGAAGCGCACCGGUGUCUCUCGGGUACCGGGGGUGCAGCAUCCGUUCCAGCCGCCCCCCAUAUUGCAACCGGUGAUCGACAUGCUGCAAUACCAGGUAUUCUGUGAUCACAUAUACGCGGAGAUUGACAGAAAGGUACGUGCAUUGCAACACGCGGGGGUACCAACGAGGCAGCACUUCGAGGCGGUCGGCGGCAGUGGAGAAGAAUUCCUAAAGCACUUUAGUGAGAAUAAACCAAGGCCGAUUGGCGGAGAGGCCCUGAUUCGCAUAGAUGAUUGGCAAGUCGUGCAUACGCUCCGGUUUACGUUUGUGUCUCCAUCUAUCCUCGUUGCACAUCUACCUCAGGCGACGCUGGGCAUUGCGUCAAUACCGCAGCUAUCUCAGCUUCUCGCGGACGAAGUAGGAGGAUGCAUCCUUAAAAGGAUAUGUGAUAUCGGCACAGAACGUUGCGCCGGCGUUGACGGGACAUGGUUCGUGGACCUGUUAACCGGACGUAGCGUAGGGAGAUGGGAAGGUUGCGUGCUGUAA